AUGGAUGUCGAACAUCGCGCCAUGGAGCCACAGUCCGAGCAGCACACGUCUCAGGGAGUGCAAUCUGAAACAGGCUACCAGGAAAACCAUCAUGAAGACCUCCAUGGCCAGGAGACUCGCCAUGAGGAAACUCAGUACGAAACGGAAGCGCCGGUAGAGUCCAUCGUCACCAACUCUACCGAGAGCUCUUCCGGAGACAGUGUCGAAGGCCGCUGGGGAGAGCAAGAGGUCGGUGAGCACGUCUCCCGCAGCGGCGCCAUUGAGGAUCUCGAAGAGAUGCGGCGCGAAUUGACGCAGUUGAGCUUGCAACGCAGCAAGUCAAAUACGGCGCGAAGCGUUCGUCGCUUCAAGUCCCGUGCUAGUCAGCGUCGUGAUGAAGAAAAAGCAAUCCAAGAGGCCGCAUCCGAUACUGAGGUUGACGGGGAAUUCGAUCUGGGCGAGUUCCUGGUCGGUGGGCACCUGGAGCGGCGCACCACCGCCGGCGAGCCGGCCAAGCAGAUUGGCGUCGUCUUCAAGAACCUCACCGUCCAGGGCGUGGAAACGGGCGCGUCGUUUGUGCGGACGUUGCCACAUGCCGUCGUGGGCACAUUUGGUCCGGAUCUGUACAAUCUUGUCUGUCGAUUCAUUCCGGCCCUACAGUUUGGCAAGAAACCGCCUGUCCGGGAUUUAAUUUCCGAUUUCAAUGGCGCCGUACGCGAGGGCGAGAUGAUGCUGGUGCUGGGCCGCCCCGGUGCCGGAUGUACCACUUUUCUGAAGGCAAUUGCCAACGACCGCGACGCAUUUGCGGCCGUCAAAGGCGAAGUCAAUUACGGCAGUCUCUCAGCAGAAGAGCAAAAUCGCCAUUUCCGCGGCGAAGUCAAUUACAACCCGGAAGAUGACCAGCAUUUCCCGUCGCUCACCGUGUGGCAGACGCUCAAGUUCUCGCUCAUCAACAAGACCCGCAAACACGACCGUGCCAGUAUUCCCAUCAUCAUUGAUGCUUUGUUGAAGAUAUUUGGCAUCAGUCAUACCAAGAACACCUUGGUGGGCAACGAAUACGUCCGUGGUGUCUCCGGAGGUGAGCGAAAGCGAGUCAGCAUUGCCGAGACCCUUGCCACCAAGUCCAGCGUCGUCUGCUGGGACAACUCUACCCGUGGUCUGGACGCUAGUACCGCCUUGGACUACGCUAAGUCUCUGCGCAUUAUGACCGAUGUUAGCAAGCGGACUACCUUUGUUACUCUGUACCAGGCCGGCGAGAGCAUCUACGAGCUUAUGGACAAGGUCAUGGUCAUCGAUCAAGGCCGCAUGCUGUACCAGGGUCCGGCCUAUGAAGCACGUCAGUACUUCCUCAACCUGGGAUUCGAUUGCUCCGAGCAAACGACCACGGCCGACUUCUUGACUUCACUCUGUGACCCCAAUGCACGCCAAUUCCAGCCUGGCCGGGAAGCUUCGACCCCCAAGACCGCCGAGGAGCUCGAGCAGGUAUUCAAAACCAGCCACACGUACAAGCGCAUCUUGGACGACGUCACCAACUACGAGAACCGUCUCCAGGAGACUGAGCAGGAGGAUAUGCGUCGGUUCCAGAAGAUGGUCGCCCAGUCCAAGAGUAAGACCGUCUCCAAAAAGUCGUCGUACACUGUUUCCUUCGUGCGCCAGGUUAUGGCCUGUGUGCAGCGCGAGUUCUGGCUGCUCUGGGGUGAUAAGACCUCUCUCUACACGAAGUACUUCAUCAUCAUCUCCAACGCUCUCAUUGUGUCAUCCCUCUUCUUCGGUGAAUCUCUGGAUACCAGCGGAGCCUUCGCGCGUGGCGGUGCUCUCUUCUUCUCGAUCCUGUUCCUGGGUUGGCUUCAGUUGACUGAGCUGAUGCCCGCUGUCACUGGUCGAGGCAUCGUUGCCCGGCACAAGAGCUAUGCUUUCUACCGGCCAUCUGCUGUCGCGAUUGCCCGCGUGGUCGUGGACUUUCCAGCCAUCUUCUGCAUGGUUGUACCUUUCACCAUCGUCGUCUACUUCAUGGCAGGUCUGGAUGUGACCGUUUCAAAGUUUUUCAUCUACUUCCUGUUCGUCUACACCACCACGUUCUGCAUCACCUCCCUAUACCGGAUGUUUGCAGCUCUCUCACCGACAAUCGACGAUGCAGUCCGCUUUGCGGGAAUCGCGCUGAACCUGCUGAUCCUGUACGUCGGCUAUGUCAUCCCGAAGCAGACCCUGGUCCACAAUUCCAUUUGGUUUGGAUGGCUGUUGUAUGUCAACCCGAUCUCGUACAGUUACGAGUCUGUCUUGACGAAUGAGUUCUCCGGUCGCCUGAUGCAAUGUAACCCAUCACAAUUGGUUCCCCAGGGCCCUGGUGUCGACCCGCGAUACCAAGGCUGUGCUCUCACCGGAUCGCAACUGGGCCACACAUCGGUCUCUGGUGACCAGUAUUUGAUGGCCAACUUUGAAUUCACGCGCAGCCACCUGUGGCGGAACUUUGGCGUUGUCAUUGCGUUUACUGUGCUCUACAUCUUGGUAACCGUCAUCGCUGCUGAGACGCUCUCGUUUGUUGGCGGCGGCGGCGGCGCGCUUGUUUUCAAGAAGUCCAAGCGUACCAAGAAGGUCGCCGGCCCGGCCAAGUCGAAUGAUGAAGAGCAGUUGUCUAGGGUGGACGAUGACGCAGCCCUGUCCCGCGGCGAGCUGCCUUCUUCCGCUGACAGCGAUGCCACCUUCAACCGGCUGUCCUCCAGUGACCGCUGCUUCACCUGGUCGAACGUCGAGUACACAGUUCCUUACGGUAAUGGUACCCGGAAGCUCUUGAAUGGCGUGAAUGGAUACGCCAAGCCGGGUGUUAUGAUUGCUCUGAUGGGUGCAUCGGGUGCCGGUAAGACGACGCUGCUCAACACACUGGCUCAGCGCCAGAAAAUGGGCGUGGUCUCCGGCGACAUGCUCGUUGAUGGCCAUCCUCUGGGAGCCGACUUCCAGCGUGGCACAGGCUUCUGCGAGCAGAUGGAUCUGCACGACAAUACGUCGACUAUUCGUGAGGCCUUUGAAUUCUCGGCUAUCCUCCGCCAGGACCGGAGCGUCCCGCGCCACGAGAAGAUCGAGUAUGUCAACCGCAUUAUUGAUCUUUUGGAGCUUGAGGAUAUCCAGGAUGCCAUUAUUGGUUCUCUCAACGUGGAGCAGAAAAAACGAGUUACUAUCGGCGUCGAGCUGGCCGCAAAGCCCAGUCUUCUCCUGUUUUUGGACGAGCCCACCUCCGGGCUUGACAGCCAGGCUGCCUUCUCGAUUGUUCGCUUCUUGAAGAAGCUAUCGCAGGCUGGCCAGGCUAUUGUUUGCACGAUUCACCAGCCAUCUGGUGUGCUGAUUUCGCAGUUCGACAUGAUUCUGGCGCUCAACCCGGGAGGCAACACGUUCUAUUUCGGUCCUGUCGGCAAGGACGGCUCGGCCGUGAGGAAGUACUUUGCAGACCGCGGCUUCGUCUGCCCCCCAUCUAAGAACGUUGCAGAAUUCAUUCUGGAAACAGCAGCCAAGGCGACACACCGUGAUGGCAAGCAGAUUGACUGGAACGACGAGUGGCGGCAAUCGGACGAGAACAAGCAGAUGUUGGACGAGAUCGAGCUCAUCAAGGCAGAGCGCAGCAAGAUUCCCCAGGCAGAGAGCGGCGAAUCGCCUUACGAAUUUGCCGCUCCCACUUCGGUGCAAAUCGUUGAGCUCACCCGGCGACUUUUCCUGCAAUACUGGCGCGACCCAUCAUACUACUACGGCAAGCUAUUCGUCAGCGUGAUCAUCGGUAUCUUCAACGGGUUCACCUUCUGGAUGCUGCCCAAAACCGUGGCUAGCAUGCAGGAUCGCAUGUUCUCAGUGUUCCUGAUCAUUCUCAUCCCGCCCAUCGUUCUGAACUCGGUCGUGCCCAAGUUCUACAUCAACCGCGCUCUCUGGGAAGCACGCGAGUACCCCUCGCGCAUCUACGGUUGGGUGGCCUUCUGCACAGCUAGCGUCGUCUGCGAAAUCCCCGCCGCCAUCAUAACAGGCUUCGUCUACUGGGUGCUCUGGUACUACCCCGUGGGAUUACCCACCGACUCCAGCACGGCAGGCUACGUCUUCCUCAUGUCGAUGCUAUUCUUCCUCUUUCAAGCCUCUUGGGGCCAGUGGAUCUGCGCCUUCGCGCCCUCCUUCACCGUCAUCUCCAACGUGCUGCCCUUCUUCUUUGUCAUGGUCAACCUGUUCAACGGCAUCGUCCGCCCGUACGCCGCCUACCCGGUCUUCUGGAAGUACUGGAUGUACUACGUCAACCCGGUGACCUGGUGGCUGCGCGGCGUUCUCUCUGCCAUCCUCCCCCCGUCGACAUCCAGCCAGACCUGUGCGCAGUACGCUGGCAAUUUCGUGAAUGAAAUUGCCAAGGCUGGCUACCUGGUCGAAAGCGACGGGGUUUGCCAAUACUGCCCUUACAAGAACGGCUCCGAGUACAUGGCCCAGCUGAAUGUCCAUGCUGACGAUAAGUGGCACUGCUUUGGCAUCUUCCUGGCGUUUGUCAUCAUCAACUGGUUCCUCGUCUACUUCUUCAUCUACACUGUCCGUGUCCGUGGCUGGAGCUUUGGCUUCGGGUAUGUCUUCGCUGCGGCUGGUGCUCUGGUCAAUGCGAUUAAGAGGCCGUUCUCGCGCAAGUCGGGCGAUGCUCAAAAGUGA